AUGCAGUCAGAAUACAAAGAAAAACAAGAAGACGCUAAAGGUAAGCUUCAAAGCGAUAUUCAAUGUACAUUUUGCUAAUUUAGUGAGCAAAGAAUAUUUCUUCAUACAACGUCUUAUAAUUUUCUUGCUGUAUGAAUAAUUAAUUAGCUAAGUAGGAUAAUGUUGUUCCGGGCUCUCAUAGUGAGCUUGGGCUACCUGUGGUCUAUCACGCGGCCAUUUCAGAAACGUUUUCGUGAAGUUUUCGGAAAUGCUCGGAUUUUGAUCUUUUAUCUUUCUAUAAAGGCUCGGGAAGAAAAAUCUUUACCCAAAUAUCACUUAGGAUGGCUCUUUUUAGUGUUUGGUGGAGGUAAAUCGACAAAAGAAAAUAUGUCAAUUUUUUGGUUCAUUUGACCUUUAAGACCUUAAGCACUGACCGCAUUUUAAAUACUUUUAAAUAGGGUUCUUUAACACUGUUUUGAGGUCUAUUUGAAUUGUAUUUUGGGCACACAACACUCUGACUAUAAAAACAGAUUAUACAUAAACUAUUUAAAGUCUGCUCAAAGACAUCAAAUGCUGACCUUCUUUUAAAUACUUUAAAAUAGGGUACUUAUUACUUAUUAUUAUUGAGGUGCAAUAUUGUAAUGUAUUUUGGGAUACUUAUACUCAGACUGUAAAAGUAACAAUUGCACAAAGUUAAUUUUUAAGCCUUCAUCGUGUCACGAACUCAUAAAUGACUCAAAACAAGCUGUCACAUAUUGUGGACCGGAUUCUUCUCUCAACAAAGUUCGAAGCUGAGCAAAAAAUUAAAUCUCCCGGCAAAUCAAAAAUAAAUUGAAAAAAUAGAAGAAAAUUAGGAAUCGAUGUUAGCUUUGACUGACAACACGUCACUGUGACGGUUAUUACUUGGUGUUAAGGUGCACGAAUUUAUGCUAAUUAAUAUAUGCCAAUGUCUAUGUCAUAUAAUGAUAGUAUCAUGGAGUCAUUGUUUCAUAGGUCUCGUGGUGUCAGUGGUUUCAUAGUUUCAUGUGUUUCGUGGUUUCAUAGGUUCAGUGGUGUCAAUAGUUUCAUGGUUUCAUAGGUUUCGUGGUGUCAAUGGUUUCAAAGUUUCAUGGCUUUCGUUGGUGUCAAUGGUUUCAUGGUUUUUUAGGUUUCGUGGUGUCAAUGGUUUCGUGGUUUCAUAGGUUUCGUGGUGUCAGUGGUUUCAUGGUUUCAUAGGUUUCGUGGUGUCCAUGGUUUCAUAGGUUUCGUGGUGUCCAUGGUUUUAUGUGGUUGGUGGUGUCAAUGGAUACAUGGUUUCAUAGGUUUCGUAGUGUCAAUGGUUUCAUGGUUUCAUAGGUUUCGUGGUGUCAAUGGUUUCAUGGUUUCUUAGGUUUCGUGGUGUCAAUGGUUUCAUGGUUUCAUAGGUUUCGUGGUGUCAAGGGUUUCAUGGUUUCAUAGGUUUCGUGGUGUCAAUGGUUUCAUGGUUUCCUAGGUUUGGUGGUGUCAAUAGUUUCCUGGUUUCAAAGGUUUCGUGGUGUCCAUGGUUUCAUGGUUUCAUUGGUUUCGUGGUGUCAAUAGUUUCGUGAUUUCAUAGGUUUCGUGGUGUCAAUGGUUUCAUGGUUUCAUGGUUUCAUAAGUUUCGUGGUGUCAAUGGUUUCAUGGUUUCAUGGUUUCAUAGGUUUCGUGGUGUCAAUGGUUUCAUGGUUUCAUAGGUUUCGUGGUGUCAAUGGUUUCAUGGUUUCAUAGGUUUCGUGGUUUCAAUGGUUUCAUGGUUUCUUAGGUUUCGUGGUGUCAAUAGUUUCAUGGUUUCAUAGGUUUCGUGGUGUCAAUGGUUUCAUGGUUUCAUAGGUUUCGUGGUGUCUAUGGCUUCAUGGUUUCAUAGGUUUCGUGGUGUCAAUGGUUUCAUGGUUUCAUAGGUUUCGUGGUGUCAAUGGUUUCAUGGUUUCAUAGGUUUCGUGGUUUCAAUGGUUUCAUGGUUUCUUAGGUUUCGUGGUGUCAAUGGUUUCAUGGUUUCAUAGGAUUCGUGGUGUCAAUGGUUUCAUGGUUUCCUAGGUUUCGUGGUGUCAAUAGUUUCCUGGUUCCAUAGGUUUCGUGGUGUCCAUGGUUUCAUUGGUUUCGUGGUGUCAAUAGUUUCGUGAUUUCAUAGGUUUCGUGGUGUCAUUGGUUUCAUGGUUUCAUGGUUUCAUAAGUUUCGUGGUGUCAAUGGUUUCAUGGUUUCAUGGUUUCAUAGGUUUCGUGGUGUCAAUGGUUUCAUGGUUUCAUAGGUUUCGUGGUGUCAAUGGUUUCAUGGUUUCAUAGGUUUCGUGGUGUCAAUGGUUUCAUGGUUUCAUAGGUUUCGUGGUGUCAAUGGUUUCAUGGUUUCAUAGGUUUCGUGGUGUCAAUGGUUUCGUGGUUUCAUAGGUUUCGUGGUGUCAAUGGUUUCAUGGUUUCAUAAGUUUCGUGGUGUCAAUGGUUUCGUGGUGUCAAUAGUUUCAUGGUUUCAUAGGUUUCGUGGUGUCCAUGGUUUCAUGGUUUCAUUGGUUUCGUGGUGUCAAUAGUUUCGGGAUUUCAGAGGUUUCGUGGUGUCAAUGGUUUCAUGGUUUCAUGGUUUCAUAAGUUUCGUGGUGUCAAUGGUUUCAUGGUUUCAUGGUUCCAUAGGUUUCGUGGUGUCCAUGGUUUCAUUGGUUUCGUGGUGUCAAUAGUUUCGUGAUUUCAUAGGUUUCGUGGUGUCAAUGGUUUCAUGGUUUCAUGGUUUCAUAAGUUUCGUGGUGUCAAUGGUUUCAUGGUUUCUUAGGUUUCGUGGUGUCAAUGGUUUCAUGGUUUCAUAGGUUUCGUGGUGUCUAUGGUUUCAUGGUUUCAUAGGUUUCGUGGUGUCAAUGGUUUCAUGGUUUCAUAGGUUUCGUGUUGCCAAUGGUUUCAUGGUUUCAUAGGUUUCGUGGUGUCAAUGGUUUCAUGGUUUCAUAGGUUUCGUGGUGUCAAUGGUUUCAUGGUUUCAUAAGUUUCGUGGUGUCAAUGGUUUCAUGGUUUCAUAAGUUUCGUGGUGUCAAUGGUUUCGUGGUGUCAAUAGUUUCAUGGUUUCAUAGGUUUCGUGGUGUCCAUGGUUUCAUGGUUUCAUAGGUUUCGUGGUGUCAAUAGUUUCAUGGUUUCAUAGGUUUCGUGGUGUCAAUGGUUUAAUGGUUUCAUAGGUUUCGUGGUGUCUAUGGCUUCAUGGUUUCAUAGGUUUCGUGGUGUCAAUGGUUUCAUGGUUUCACAGGUUUCGUGGUGUCAAUGGUUUCAUGGUUUCAAAGGUUUCGUGGUGUCUAUGGUUUCAUGGUUUCAUAGGUUUCGUGGUGUCAAUGGUUUCAUGGUUUCAUAGGUUUCGUGGUGUCAAUGGUUUCAUGGUUUCAUGGUUUCAUAAGUUUCGUGGUGUCAAUGGUUUCAUGGUUUCUUAGGUUUCGUGGUGUCAAUGGUUUCAUUGUUUCAUAGGUUUCGUGGUGUCAAUGGUUACAUGGUUUCAUAGGUUUCGUGGUGUCAAUGGUUCCAUGGUUUCAUAAGUUUCGUGGUGUCAAUGGUUUCAUGGUUUCUUAGGUUUCGUGGUGUCAAUGGUUCCAUGGUUUCCUAGGUUUCGUGGUGUCAAUAGUUUCCUGGUUUCAUAGGUUUCGUGGUGUCCAUGGUUUCAUGGUUUCAUUGGUUUCGUGGUGUCAAUAGUUUCGUGAUUUCAUAGGUUUCGUGGUGUCAAUGGUUUCAUGGUUUCAUGGUUUCAUAAGUUUCGUGGUGUCAAUGGUUUCAUGGUUUCUUAGGUUUCGUGGUGUCAAUGGUUUCAUGGUUUCAUAGGUUUCGUGGUGUCAAUGGUUUUAUGGUUUCAUAGGUUUCGUGGUGUCAAUGGUUUCAUGGUUUCAUAGGUUUCGUGGUGUCAAUGGUUUCGUGGUGUCAAUAGUUUCAUGGUUUCAUAGGUUUCGUGGUGUCAAUGGUUUCAUGGUUUCAUAGGUUUCGUGUUGCCAAUGGUUUCAUGGUUUCAUAGGUUUCGUGGUGUCAAUGGUUUCAUAGGUUUCGUGGUGUCAAUGGUUUCAUGGUUUCUUAGGUCUCGUGGUGUCAAUGGUUUCAUGGUUUCAUGGGUUUCGUGGUGUCAAUGGUUUCAUGGUUUCUUAGGUUUCGUGGUGUCAAUAGUUUCAUGGUUUUAUAGGUUUCGUGGUGUCAAUGGUUUCGUGGUGUCAAUGGUCUCAUGGUUUCAUAGGUUUCGUGGUGUCUAUGGUUUCAUGGUUUCAUAGGUUUCGUGGUGUCAAUGGUUUCAUGGUUUCAUAGGUUUCGUGGUGUCAAUGGUUUCAUUUUUUCAUGUUUUUGGUUUCAUAGGUUUCGUGGUGUCAAUGUUUUCAUGGUUUCAUAGGUUUCGUGGUGUCAAUGGUUUCAUGGUUUCAUAGGUUUCGUGGUGUCAAUCAUUUCGUGGUUUCAUAGGUUUCAUGGUGUCAAAGGUCUCGUGGUUUCAUGGGGUUCAUGGUGUCAGAGGUUUCAUGGUUUCAUAGGCCUCUUGGUGUCAAGUAGCCUUCCCGCAGACGUCCUUAGGGGUUUGUUCGUCACGCGUUCAUUUCUCCCCCACGGACGUCUGCUAAACACAGCCGACAUUUACGUUCACUGAUCAGUGAGGCUUUUGAUCGGGUGUGCGAGAAAUUUGUAAUGAAUGCAGAGUUAAACAAGUAUCAGAGAGACGCUAUCCUGCAAAUUUUAUAGAGAAGACCGACGAGUUCAUAAAUUUGCCGACGGGAUUUGGUAAAUCCCUUAUCUAUCAAGCUUUGCCGCUUGUUUGCGACACUGCUUGGAACUCCUGGACAUUAUUGUUGUUGUUUCGCCCCUGGUAAAUCUUAUGAAAGAUCAAGCUACAAAGCUGGAAAAUAUUUGUAUUCCUGCUGUAGUGCUCAGUGAUAUGUAUUUUUUAAAUUCAAUUUAAUUUAUUUAAAACACUUGCAAUUACAAAGUACUUACUUACAAUACUUACUUACAAACAAUGUAUGUUACUUACGCUACUAACAAAACUAUACUCUACUUACAAAACAAUACUUACUUACAAUGUGAGAUACUUACGGUAAGAAAUAAGCGUUGACAGGCCAAACACGACUCAUAAGCUCGUGAUAAUGUGAAACGUGACCUUGGGAGUCUGCUUGAACAGUGGUUCUCUUUCUUUUUUCUCUCGCGCGAAGGUUACUAGCACUACACAGUGCAGGAGGUGUAGCAUUCUAAACUUUGACUGAGUAAAUCUUGUUUUUGACGCACUAAAUCUUAUAUUUAGAGGUCAUGAAGCAGGUUUGUUACAUGCAUACUGAGUAAUCAUUUCCUGUGGUUUAUGCUUCGGUAGGUGUCCCUGAUAGGAUUUGAUUUCAGAUGCAGUUGUAAAGUGUUUUAUAUCUUUUGACCUCUGUUUAUUACGGCUGGAUAAAGAUUUUAGUUUUUUUUGUUUUCUCCGAAAUGGCUGUAUCUGAAAAACUACAUGCAUGCAUGCAAGUUUCUUUGUCCGUGAAUGUGAUUAUUUCCUGCCAUGUCAGUAUGACUCUGGGCCCAGCUCUAUAGUGUGGUUUGCAGGAUUUUGAAUUUCCACGGAUAGUGCGAUCUUCAGAUAUGAGUUGUACACUGUAGCUUAAAAACUAAAGCUACACCAAGUUUGGAGAAAUAUGCCGUGCGUCAGUCAAGAUAAUUCUCUUAGCGCUCACACAGUCCAUUUAGUUUUUCUUAACAUAAGUGAGUCUUUGAACUAGAGCGCGAUGUCUUGGUGUUCCUUCGUAGGUAUUUUCUUAAGUUUUUGCUUAACAGUCGUCUGUGCGACUGCUAUGGAUUCUUAAGCAAGACUGCAGUUUCGGAACUAUAGCGUUCCUCGUCAGUUGCUACUACGGUAAAGUCUUAGGUACAGAGAGCGAAGCAGACUGUUUAAAUACUGGUGGCUAGGAUCGAAAAUACUAACUUGCCAUUGGCUGCAAAAGUGAUCAAUAGCGUAGGUUUAUCUUUGAUCCGUGUUCUGUUGUGCUUCCUUCACGUUCAAGAAUGCUUUUUGGGGGCUGAACCGGUAUGAUAGUAUCUGACUAGGUUGCAGUGAGGGAAGGUCACUGACAUGUACUAGUGCGUGUAAGUGUCUUUCUCAGGAGAUUCGAGAUAUUUUCUCGUAACGUUCUCCGGCAAAAUCAGUAACCCGAGUGAGAUUUCUUCCCACGAGAAAGACACUUACACGCACUAGGACGCUGGGCCCAGAGUCAUACUGACAUGGCAGGAAAUAAUCACAUUCACGGACAAAGAAACUUGCAUGCAUGCAUGUAGUUUUUCAGAUACAGCCAUUUCGGAGAAAACCAAAAAAACUAAAAUCUUUAUUCAGCCGUAAUAAACAGAGGUCAAAGGAUAUAAAACACUUUACAACUGCAUCUGAAAUCAAAUCCUAUCAGGGACACCUACCGAAGCAUAAACCACAGGAAAUGAUUACUCAGUAUGCAUGUAACAAACCUGCUUCAUGACCUCUAAAUAUAAGAUUUAGUGCGUCAAAAACAAGAUUUACUCAGUCAAAGUUUAUAAUGCUACACUUCCUGCACUGUGUAGUGCUAGUAACCUUCGCGCGAGAGAAAAAAGAAAGAGAACCACUGUUCAAGCAGACUCUCAAGGUCACGUUUCACAUUAUCACGAGCUUAUGAGUCGUGUUUGGCCUGUCAACGCUUAUUUCUUACUGCAUACGAGAAAUAACUAUUUUCAAUUAAGCAUGACACUAUGAAACCAUUGACACCACGAAACCUAUGAAACCAUGAAACCAUGAAACUAUUGACACCACGAAACCUAUGAAACCAUGCAACAAUUGACACCACAAAACCCAUGAAUCUAUGAAAGCCUUGACACCAGGAGACCUAUGAAACCAUGAAACCAUAGACACCACGAAACCUAUGAAACCAUGAAACCAUUGACACCACGAAACCUAUGAAACCAUGAAACCAUUGACACCACGAAACCUAUGAAACCAUGAAACCAUUGACACCACGAAACCUAAGAAACCAUGAAACCAUUGACACCACGAAACCUAUGAAACCAUGAAACCAUAGACACCACGAAACCUAUGAAACCAUGAAACUAUUGACACCACGAAACCUAUGAAACCAUGAAACCAUGUACACCACGAGACCUAUGAAUCCAUGAAACCAUAGACACCACGAAACCUAUGAAACCAUGAAACCAUAGACAUCACGAAACCUAUGAAACCAUGAAACCAUUGACACGACGAAACCUAAGAAACUAUGAAACCAUUGACACCACGAAACCUAUGAAACCAUGAAACUAUUGACACCACGAAACCUAUGAAACCAUGAAACCAUUGACACCACGAAACCUAUGAAACCAUGAAACCAUUGACACCACGAAACCUAUGAAACCAUGAAACCAUUGACACCACGACACCUAUGAAACCAUGAAACCAUUGACACCACGAAACCUAAGAAACCAUGAAACUAUUGACACCACGAAACCUAUGAAACCAUGAAACCAUAGACACCAGGAAACCUAUGAAAGCAUGAAACUAUUGACACCACGAAACCUAUGAAACCAUGAAACCAUUGACACCAUGAGACCUUUGAAACCAUGACUCCAUGAUACUAUCAUUAUAUGACAUAGACAUUGGCAUAUACUUAUUAGCAUAAAUUCGUGCACCGUAACACCAAGUUGUAACCACUGUGACAGUGUGCGAAUAAAAGAUCAAUCAGUUCCUCAAUGUUCAUUACCUGCAAGCUCUCUGCGAAAAUCUCCGCGUAGAUUUUAGCCGUGAUUCAGUUAAUGCAGCUACGGGACAUUCCAAAAGUUUUUUUAAAAGAAACUUCUUAAAAUCGCAUUUUGAUUUCAUAUAGAAAUUUUUCACAAAGAGCAGAACCGGAUGCAUGCGGUCAACAGAUGUUUAUCUAAUGCUGUGUUUACACUCAAGCGUUUACCAAGGUAAACAUUAACUGACUAAACCCUGGUACAUUUGUACAGUGUUUAUACGGGCUCAAAUAACUAAGGUAAGUCUGUCAUCAAUCACAAUCUAAUCGAAUUGGCGGCAAAUUCUAAAUCCACGCAUAAAUGCUCGCGUUUAAAAGAGAAGCUGUGGAUCUUGUAGUCCUCGCGUUUUAUUUUCUUGUUCUUGAUCAGCAAACCCAGGAAUCGAGUUUGCAGCAGCUCUUACUUUUGCAGCACCUAAAGAGGUGGAGGCGAAAGCGAUUAAUUCUGCUACAAAUUGCCCUUCGCAAGACAAGGCGCGUUAGACGUGCGUGGUCGUGGCCGAGAAACCAAUUCUGGUUCGAAACUCUAUUAAACGGAAAUUUUGUUGAAGAAUGGUGUGUCUUAUGUCUUUGGUUUUUGCCAUAACUUCUUCGUAGACCGAAACCAAACGUGGAAACCUGGUCGAAAACCUAGUCUCGAAAACCUGGUCUCGAAAACGUGAUCGAAUAAGCCUGACGCAAUCCCGACACCACAGGAUUUGAAAUUCUAUGCGACCGCAAGCGGAUGUAUCUGUCAUCCAAACCUUGGUUACCGACCUUAACCAUGCCUUUUCGCAGGGCAAACCGAAAUUUUACCUUAGUUAACUUUCUAUUGUCUUGAGCGGUGUUUACCAGGGUAUCAGUUGGCGUUUACACACGCAAAAUAUUUACCUAGGUAAGUUUACUCCAAUACCUCGGUAGCACGCUCAAGUCUAAACACGGCAUAAAAUAAGCCCUUGAAAUUACAUAAUAAAUAAACUAUCCAAGCUAAGAUCUCACAUUGUAUAUAUUGCAUCAAGAAACAACUCUCAGAUCUGAAUAAACUCCGACAUAUGGUUAUCUUUCUCUUAUAAAUUAUUCCGCACAUGCAUGGCAUAUUAUUGCUGAGAUGUCACGCGCGACUGAAAUCACGACUUCGCGCCGCGGUGAUGUGACAAAUGCACGUGAUAAACAAACCGUCCUUUGUCCUUUGCUCAUUUCAAAUUAUUGAAGCGGCGAUUGCUGUGAUUGCGAGUGCGCUUGAUUUUACUGUUUGUUACGAUCUGACAAAAGUACACUUCAACUCUACGGAUUGUCUGAACACGUACAUGUUGUUUUUAUCACGAAUCAAAAAUGGGUAUGACUCCUCAGCGACUGCUGAUUGAUAUUCGCAUAUCUCAUACAUAGCAUUGAGCUUUUGUUUUUUAAUACUGAGAGCUGAGUAUCUAACAUUGUUACUAGUUACAAUAUUAUAAACUCACUCGUUAUUCUACCACAUACUAUAUUAUAUGUGAAGAUAAAAACAGUCCAAAGCCCGCAUAAAAUCAACUGUGCCAUUUUGUAAUAUAUGUCUCAGUUUCUUACAAAAUAGAAGAACCGUCAAAAUGUUUGUUGUAUCAGCACCUUGAAUCUCCACUUGUAGAUGUUGAUGAAUGCGCCAGUGGUUUACACAGCUGCCACAAGUUCGCUUCAUGUACAAACAUUAUUGGAUCCUACACCUGUUCAUGCCAGCAGUAUUUCAAUGGAGACGGUAAAAACUGCCAACACUCGGUGAGCGGUGAGUACUUUUCAUUGAUUUGGGUAAGUCAAUACAACCUGAAAACCAAACAUAGUUCAGGGUACGCAAUCGUUUUGUUCGCUACCUGGGAUAUCUCAAUACAAGGCCCAAUAAAUGGUAUGAAGCACAAGAGAAUGGGAAAGUUUGCUUUUAUUUUAGUCAAUGCUUGUAUCGCCCCAGUUUACUUAACUGAUUUCCAGCAUCAGUGCCGCACGUCACGAAUCACCACUUUUCUCUCCAGCUUUUUUAUUUGUUUUGUGUCGUAAAAACUUAGGAGCGCCGGUACCGCUUUAUUCUUCGGCCCAUACGUAUUUCACCUGUGCUUAUUUUACGUCAUCAAAAGCCUCAACGUUCUGGAAGUUAAAAAAAUUCAUACCGUCUGGCCCGGGUUGCUCGAAGCAUGGUUAGUGCUAACCAGCGUUAAAUACCAUGGAAACCUAUACAUUUUGAUACCUCUUAACCAAGGUUAGCGCUAACCAGGCUUCGAGCAACGGCCCCUGGUUGCUAUGAAGUGACGUAAUCAUCCAGUUGAGUAUCCAUCACCGUAACACUUUUGCGGUCAACUACCGCAGCGCUCGUAAGGUACUUUAAAUAAACCGUGUUCAAAACCCUGUAGGAAAUCUGUUUAUUUUUUAAUCGACUAAUGCACUGCUGACUUUCACGAAGUCAACUUUUGCAUAAAUUAUCAAACAUUAUGUUAAGCGGGAAAUCUACCUACGGUUCGCGGGAAACGGAACUUCUAUAGCGGCGCAAGACAAAUGUUUCGAGAGUCGAGGAUGUUCUCACAAACUAUUCACUAUGCGACGAAAGCAGAAAUCACUGGAAUGAUAGCUCAUGUAAUGGUAAUUUUAUCAAUCCAGGUCGCGCCGUGUUCGCUCUAGAACGCUGUGACAACCUCGUUUGGCGCGCUUCUCAAUACUUCCAAAACAUGUUGUGAUCGCGGUAAGUAGACUUAAGCACUUAGUAUCGCCAAGCCAUUCAAAUUUGUAUACCCAAUUCUUUGGCUGAAGAUUCUAGCAAACAACAAACCAAGUAAAUCUGGAUGGAAGAGGAAAUUGUCUCCCUAAACGUAGCCAGGUUAUAUUUUGAAGGAUGGCGACCCAAUUCAACGUGUCUUCCGGGUCAGCCCUAGUUUAUAGUUCGUAAGAGUAUAAAUUGCGAUCUCGGAUCCCUGUUUUCGCUUAAGCUUUCUUUGAUCAAACUUUAGUAGAAACAAAAUAACGCAGGCAUUCUCUUGCAAGACUAGUGACACAAUCGGCUGAAGGAAAUAUCUGUUUAAAAGUCCGGUAAAUUAUCCCUUCUUGCGCACCGCAAAAUCAGCUAAAAUCAGUCGCAGGAAUCCUGGCAUAUUAUCAAGCCUGAGCGCUUCUAAGAAUAACACGUUUAGAAUUUUGACGCGUAGGGAAAAAUAGACAGUUGUUCUAUAUCCUUUCUGGUUCAUCCAGGUAGAAGUCCUGGCAUGAUAUUCAUUAUGCCUGAGCGCUUCUAGGAGAUAUAACACGUUUAGCAUUUCGACCCGUAGCCGUAAAAAAAAAAAAACCUCGGCAGUUGUUCUAUAUCCUUUCUACUUCCACCAGGUAGAAGUCCUGGCAUAUUAUUAUGCCUAAGCGCUUCUAAAAUAUAUAACAUGUAUAGCAUUUUAACCCGUAGCCGUAAAAGAAUUAGGCAGUUGUUCUAUAUCCUUUCUGGUUAAUCUGGUUAAUCCAGGUAGAAGUCCUGGCAUAUUACUAUUACUAUUAUAACAAUUACCUAGGAAGUACACGUGAUUAAGUUUCUGAGUCAGAAGUACACGAACAAUUAAAUAAUCGUUGUGGGAGAAAUUUAACUUUUUUAUUUUACUGUCUUCGUUCAUUUCCGUUUUGAUGGUAGUCUUAUGGAGUCUUUCGAGAGGUAUUCUUGAUUUCCGUUCUGCAAAAAACUCUUCAUCAUAGUGCCCGUCAAACAAAUCUUGCUGCGCUAUAUUUUGAGCAACAGGGUAGGAUAAUAGGGACCUUACGAUCCGACAACGGCGACGUCCAUGAAAGCGUCGUUGAAAAAUGGACUUCGCAUCUUUUUAAACUUUUUCGCGAUUAUCCCACUCGCCCUGUUACUUAAAAGAAGGGAAUUUUGGUUGGAGCUGAAGAGAGGGGGCCGCGCCCUAGUUCAGACAGAGAUGGUAGAAUUUAUCGCCUUGCCGUUCCCGUACUCAAGUAAACUUAAAGUGUGGUCAUUUCACGUCGUUGUUGUGCAGGCACAGCAAAGAAAUGUACAAAAAAGCGUGAUGCACGUGCAGAGUUGUUGUUUUGCUCAUUAAACCUAUUGUUUUUUUGACGUUCUCCUUGCAGUCGCCGUCGUAGUUUCGUAAGGUCCCUAGUGAGGACCCUGCUACGCGUCCUUUUGUUGUCACUGGUCAAAUAACGGAUUCAACGAUCGACUUUUUUGUUUUGUUCUACAGUAUUUUGUUUUUCUUUGUUUGUUUUUACCCUUAAGUUAAUUUUAGCUUCUUGCAAAAAAAAUGGCUCAAAUGGCUAAAUACUGCCUACAUCAUCAAGCCGAGCAAGACGGAGCUGACCCUUAAGCUGAUAUCGUGCAUCCUUGCUCAAUGCGUUUAGAAAGUACGUUUUCAUUAUAAGUGACCUUGUAUAAAUAUACUAUUAAUAGUGGUUAUAUAGAGUGCUUAUAAGAAAAGACCUUUCAGUUAACAGUCUUUUGACAAUAGAACUGGCACAGAAAAAAUCUCAAAGUAGCGAACCUUUUUAUGCAAAAGGCUUAUAAUCAAUUUUUAGUUGCCAGAACGUUUUUGUAAAUGUCAGGAUUGAAUCAGCCUCAUGAUCACAAAAUUGAUAUCGUUACCUGUAAUUAUUAAUUAUGGUCAAUUCUGAAAUAUUCAAGCUCUUUUUUAUAUAUGCACGGACCUAUUUUACCUGGAAAAUACUCGGAAAAGCUAAAGGCGGUACAUGAAUCCAUGUAUUCCUGUAUUAAAAUUUAACGUCGUAUGUAACAGAGAUAACUCAUCGGUUUAUACUGGCACAAGUUAUGACGAUGCCUAACAUAUACUGCUGAUGGGUAAUAGUGUUUUCUUCCUGUGUUUUUGUUAGUCAACAGUGAAGAUGUAGUUGGGGAAUUUAGAACACGAAAAGCUCCCCUCUUUUACCUCGAGCUCGCCCCAUGUAAGGGAAUGCGGAUUCCGGAAUCCAAGAAAUUUUUGCUGGUGGAAUCCAGAAUCUGGGAAAUUGCUUGUGGAAUGCGGAAUCCUAGGCUUUGGAAUCCGUAAUCCUUCUAAAGAUUUAAAUCCACAAUCCAAGUUCCUUUGACAAAGACUGAAAUCCAGUCUCUAGAAUCCGGAAUUCACGGCGUGGAAUCCAGAAUUCAAGAGUGUCUUAGAUUCCCUUACAUAGGGCGAUCGAGCUGAUGUACAACUGAAUGAAACGUUGCUAGCGGCUGUUGUUCUUUCUCUUCUUUUGUGUCAGAAUGUCAGAACCACGGAAGUCUCAACAGCGGGACCCGAAGGACUUCGUAUGGCUACGGCAAUUACUGUGAUAGAGGUCUCGGCCCUGGAUGGUUCCGUUUCCAGGGGUCUGCCGGCACAAGAAUGGUAACAUCAUGUUCACCUAUCUAUAGUUGUGGUACCUCUUGUCCCUCCUGGCUAAGUGGAGGACACCCCUCAGUAGCGGACGGUCAGGUCACCAGGACGGUUUAUUUCAAUUGUGGUUCCUGCUAUUCUUAUUCAACAAGCAUCAAAGUGAAAAAUUGUGGCUCAUAUUAUGUCUACUAUCUUAGUGGUACACCUACUUGUGAUCUCCGUUACUGUGGCACUAACUAGACAGAAAUGUAAACAAUUAGUCUAUAUGUAAACAUUCUAUCAUUUCACUAAAGUAGGCUUUAUUGUAAAAACAAAGUAACCAUCUAAAAAAAAAAGACUCUUACACUUUAACUUCAAUAUCAAUAUCUGUUUAGUGGCCUUUUUUUCAUUUUUGGACAGUGGUUUUGCCCAUCUUUUAGGACAACUUGUCUCUAUAAUAGUUAAGACACUUAGAAAUACAAAUUUGGGAGCGUCAAGGUGCUUUAAAAUGAAAAAGACCUCACUUCCGGUUGACGUGCGUCGCUCAAAAACGCCUUUGCUUAAGCUCGCUAAUAAUAUAGCGCCUAUAAGAGGGUCUCAAUGGGGUGGUGGCUUUUACGGUUAUCGGCGAAAAUUUUGGUUCUUUUACGGCUAUCGGUUAUUUUUUUUUCAGUUACGGUUAACAAAAAGUUAAAAAUUAAUUUCUUUUGUUUCAAAGAGUUAAAUAUUAAUAAAGCUGUAUUUUUUGUAGCUUCAACGCAAAGUAAAGGUCUUAGGAUCAUCUCGGGAUAAAAUGAAGUUAUUCUUUUGAAUUAUUUUAACAGUUGAUAGCUAGAUCAUACUAUUUAUAAAGUGUUCCAUUUCUACUAUUAUUUUACGCAUAGAAAUCACAGCACGAAAAAAGACAUUUAAGUGAGCGUAAUGGUGGCGUAAAGCUGGCGUUAAGUUCUCAUUUACAUAACUUUACGACCCAAUUACGCCCCUUAAAGUCGAACUUUACGCACAUGCGUAAAGGUAUCGUAAAGAGACAGUUUAAGCUCUGCGUAAAGUUGGUGUAAAUGCGCUUUAAAGUAGUGACUUAAACCAGCGUAAUUGAAGCGUAAAGUUGGUGUAAAGAUCUUAUUAAGACAAUCCUUUUACGCGUUAAGCGGACAUGCAAAGGAGUAGUAGUUUUAAAAAUAGGGCCUCUUUCCGUUUCCAAUUUUGCAUUACCAUAACCAAUUUUCAAAUUGCCUAUCUUUAUUUUUACAUUUCAAAUCCCAUGAAAAUCGCCAGGUAUGCUACAUUGUUGUAACUGCAAAAGCUGCAAAUACGAAUUGCAUUCUUUAAGUGUACUCCCGAAAAGAGUAAUCUUACAAGGUUUUAAAAAACAAAACACACUGAUACUCUAAAACUGAAUUUUCUAAAUAUGACAUGAUUUAUUUCUGUGUUAGCAUCUUUGUCAUUACAUAACAAAUUAAAAAAACGACACUUUUUCCAACACCUAAGGUUUAAAUAAGAAGAUACAGUGUACAUAAACUGUUCAAGUGGGUCAAAACAGUCUUCUCAAAAUAUAUAUAUAUAAAAAAAUCAUCUUAACUUAGUAUCAUACCAAAUUAAGAUGAUUUAUAGUUUAAAAUAAUUAUUAGUAUUUACAUGUAAGGUACAAGAAAACUAAUGAAGUUAAAUUUUGAUAAAAAACAGCAACCCUAACACACAAAUUAAUGUAAAGGUGGGUCAAAUGGUAUCUUCCAAAAUGAAAAUAUUUAGUAUAAUUUAGCAUAAUUCAAAUUAAAAGCUUAAACAUAUUUAGAUAAGAAAUAAAAAGACUGAAAGCUUAAUACAUGUAUAACAUUGAUGGUUUCUUGAUUUAGCCCUUUCACUCUGUUUACAGUCAAAUUUAACAAAAAAAUCAUAAUAACAAAUCAUUUUCAUAAACUGAUGAUGUAAAAGUUAGAUGCACAAGGCUGUCAUUAAGAUUGCAAGUUGCAGGGCAAAUGAAAUUAGUGAGCGGGACAUUGAAAAUGUGGAAAGCUGUUUAUGUUUUAAUAAAUUUUCCUUUCGUUUCCUCUCAAAAUAGCCAAGUAUUGGGCUCAAGGUAGCCAAUUUAAAAUCUGGUUUAUGCCCCUAAGUGACAGCCCUGGAACCACUUUACAAGACUAAGGCCUGUAAUUAACAUGUAUUAAUCCCGUUUGCUUUGAGAGGACUUUCUGUCACCAACAUCCCAUACCAUGCUGAUCUGCUGAAUAAAUAGAAAGCAAGUAUAUUAUUUGAGUAAACUACACAGAUUACUUGAAGGCUAAUGAUAAUACACUUAAUUGGGCACUAAAGGCACAAGUACAUGUACAGUAAGGGGGUGUUUACAUGAUAAACCUCGGACCGGCGCGAGUCUCAUACCGGGAUCAUUUAAACUAGCCCCAAAAACGUUUUGACUAGCAGAAUUGAUUAACAAUUCUUCUGUAAUUCGAAUUCCUCAAAAAAUAUCACUUGCCCGUCGGGCAAUUUAAAAACAGAAUUCACUAGCCCGAUAGCAAAAUCCACUAGCCCCAGGCUAUCAGACACUACUUUCUUUGCACACUGCAUAUAAGCACCUUAUUCCCAAAAGUUUCAAAUUUUCUUGAAACUUUAAUUACCUAAUAUAUUUUUUUCCUUUUUAAUACGAAACAUUUAAGGUUCCUAGUUAAUGUAACAGGAGUGAAGCCACCUUGCUAUUUACAGCCCUUAUCCUCAAUCUUGAAAACAAUGCCUCCUAAUUAUAAUGUACGGUGUACCCUGUAAAGAAAGCAGCCCAUUUUCUUUCCUUGCCACCAGGGACAUUUCACAAGAGAGACAGUUGUAUUUGCAGAAUAAUAAUGGUGUAUGAAGACAAGAGAAUCCAAAAAACAGCUAUGACUGCUAUGACUCUCUUAAGAGUCUUAUCUUUCACAACUUGUUUCUUUAAAUUUCAUUUUCCUUUAAACUUAGAUUUACUGAUCACACAACUUUGGUGCGAAUAGAACGACUUCUGGUUUCUAACAUGAUUGUGUGCUUUGCUUCCCAAAAAUUAAGGCAUUCAAUUUCCUGACAGUAUGUACUGCACUGUAUCCUCUCAAGAACCACAAUAUAAUUUCAUAAGAGCAGUGCACAAUAAAGAUUGAAAUGAAUGGAAAUAUAUGAAAUGAAUCAUACUUUGAACUGCAGAUGAAGGUAUGAAACUGUGAAGAUGUUACCAACUAUGUUGGCACUUACAGAUUAACGUUUGCUAUUAUUUUCGGUGCUUUCUUCCAAAACUACCAAAAUAAUACUAACUGUUUUUGUUUCUGUUGUACUGGGGGUGGAGCGGAAAUUCUUCGAUCAGUCGCACAUGCAAGAUCUACCUUUCAUGAAUACAGUAGAGCACAUUCUAUUGCUCAUCCUGUCAAAAGCAUGGUCGUAAGAAAAAGGCGUUCAUGUGCCGGGCAAGGUCUUUGUGUCGAAUCAAUGGUUAAUCGUGGGUAGAGAAUGUUAGAAGUUGCACUGAUACGGGUAUACUUGCGUUAACAAUGUGAAGUCAACGUUCCUUUGCAAACGUGAGUCCAAUCUGUAGUUGUUUGUUAACAUUUAAUAGGUAUUUUCAUUUCUUUUGUCAUUUACGGGAAAUGCAGAAAAACAAUUGAAGCAACGAUAAAUGGCAUAAAUCCGGCCUCGUUUCCAGCCGUCCUCUGCGAUUUCGGAUGUGACGUCACCUUUCAAGCUUGUCGGGAAAAUUCGCCGAGGACGUCCCCGCGCUAUCGCGCUUGGUUCCAAACCUCCUCUGGUCACUCGGAUAGCGCAAACUGGCCUGGGUACAAGGCUGGUAUAAAUCAAGGUUUCACGUAUACAUCUAGACUAGAACCCGAGCUUUAUAGUUUGCCAUCUCGUCCAGUUAACAUGCUAACGCAGCCUGUCAGCAAUGGGAGAGGUUGCUCCAACCAGUUGCAAAAAUGA